AAGCAGUGGGAUCAACAUGCAGAUUAGCCAUCUGACCAUUUCACAUAUCGCCUUAUUUGAAUCUCAUUUUCAACGCUCAGGUUUAAUGUAGAUCAGGUUUUUCUGAAGAGGCUUUUUUUACCGAAUAAGGAGCUCGAGAAGUUUCAAUGAAAAUCUGGUCGUAUAGCUUGUGCAAGACUUACAGUUUGAUACUGAUUUGUAGUCAACGAUUAAACCAUCUGUUUGCGGUUUAAUGGACUCCAGUGAUCCAAUUGCAUGGUUUCAACAAAAAAUUGGUCGUUAUGAUAAAGCAUUGUGGGAACGAACUAUUGAGCAAAAAGAAAUUAAAGUUUUAGAGGAUUUGAACUGUGCCCCCCGGAAAAGUGGCAACCUAAAACCUGAGCUUAUUGAUAUUGAUUUGAUACGAGGCUCAACAUUUUCAAAAGCCAAACCAGUUCAUGGAUGGUUUGUCGUACUUCAAAAAGGUCUUUUACGUGUUUUGUUUUAUCCAUUUUACUACAAGUGGUGGAGAAGUGUUGUGCCAUCUUCAGUCUGCUUGUUUUUUCUGUUAUUGUACAUUACACAAGUCUUGGCUGUUAUCUUCUAUACAACAUACUCAGAUAAAAUGAAGCUUAUAUACCCAACAGAAGCCUUUGGACCUGUUCUCAUUAUGUUUGUACUUGGUGUACUUCAUACUCAGGUUGUUUCAACAACUGUAUCCAAUAUUGAUGGCAUUUCGUUGCGAUCUGGUAGACACAGAAAAUCUUGGCGUAAAAAGUCCAAAGCGCAACGUUCCCGAAACGAUCUCGACAGCUCGAUUGAAGACUUGACGCACAAAACACAUCGGGAUGGGGUUAGAAAAAGAGUUCGAAAGAAAGAAAGUUCUGAAAAGAUGACACCAAUUCUCGUCACAACAAAACGUACCUCAUCUACUGCCGAUCCGAGUGCUACAGAUGUCAGUGAUGAUGAAGGAGAACAUGAUGACGUUUAUCAGGAAAAGUCGCAUAGUGAAGGAACAGAGGCUGAACGCUCGGAGAGGACUGAAGAAGAGUUUUUUGAGAACAACGAAUCGAGUUCGUCUGGUACAUCUUACAGUGAUAAUGAAUCAGUCACUUCAAAUUUUGAUGAAGAAGACCCAUUUAAAUGGGACAAGAACGGAAUUCUAAAUGAAGUAACGGUUGGUGCACCAACUGGAGAAAUGGUUGGUGCAUCAAUAUGGGAAGGUCGACAGUUUAAACGAGUGGAGUUAACGCUUCUAGAUAUGAGUUCUGCUAUCAUAAACAAAAUGAAUGAUUUUAAACCCAACUCUGGUUAUCUUCAUUUUGCUGUCGUUGUUUCCUUGUGUGAAGCAUUUGCACCUUCAUUGUUUCGUCUCUACGACAGUGACGUUAGUUCAGAAUGGACUUCUAUAGACGGUUUGUACAAUAUUUACUUCCGCUGCUUCGGCGAUAAUUUCAAAAGCUCUUUAGUGAUUUGGAUUAGUCUUGUUCAAAGUGGUGCAUCAACCUUCUGCUUUCUCUUUCUUCUUUGCGUCGCUGAAAGAACAUUACGUCAGCGGUUACUAUGCGCCAAAUUGUUUGGGACUAUUACGUCGUCACGUCGAGCCCGUCGUCAUGGGUUACCGCAUUUUCGACUGCACAAAGUAAAGAACAUCAAAAUGUGGCUUUGUCUACGAUCUUUGUUGAAAAGACGUGGUCCGCAACGUUCUGUCAGCGUCAUUAUAUCAACAACAUUUGUUCUCAGCGUCUGUUUGGUUGUUAUCACAUGCUUACAGCUUCUCAAAGUCACGGAAAAAGAAAGAUUUUUAUCAAAGUUAUUUAACGUGGAGUUUUUCAUGUGGUCGCUCGUCUUGUGUAUUUAUCAAUUACGUUUUGUAACGUUGGGCUCAAAGAUAAACCGAAAAUUUCGUAACAACAGCGUCCUCAUGACAGAGCAGCUAAAUUUAUAUUUACAAAUGGAGAAAAAUCCUGGAAAAAAGGACGAACUUAUGAUUGCGAAUAAUGUGUUGAAACUUGCAUCGAAAUUAUUAAAGGAUUUAGAAAGUCCAUACAAGAUAUCUGGCUUGGCCACUAAUCCGUUGUUAUACAACAUCACCAGAGUAGUUGUCUUAUCCUUGAUCUCAGGUGUUAUGUCUGAUCUGUUAGGAUUUCGAUUAAAGGUAUGGAAAAUUAAAGCGUGAAAGUAUUUUUCUAUCAAACUGCAGGUAGGAUUUAAACUCAAAAAUUGUUAUAUAAGAAAAUGUUGAAAUUUAACAAAACUUUAAAUAAUAUAUAAAUAUAACUUAUAAUAUAUAUUAUGCAGCAAAAUAUGAAACAUUGCGACUUUUUGAUUUUUUUCUGAAGGUUUUACUUCAGUCGUGAUUCAUAUGAUAUUUGCGUUUAUUUUGUUUAUUGCUGUAGUUAUAAAACACAAAAAUUUUUUAUAAAAAUUA